GACGCGGCGGAGCUGCCUCUCGCCAUGGGCUGUGGGGGCCGGGCCCGGGACCCUCCAGCCGCAGGGCUGUGCCUGGCCGGGCUGCGGCUGCUACUCGCCCACGCUUUGCUCCUGUCCGCCGCCGGGAGCACCGCGACUGACGGCUCCGUGAAUCCCUGCUGCUAUUUCCCCUGCCAGAACCAAGGAGUGUGUGUGAGAGUUGGCCUGGAAGGGUACGAGUGUGACUGUACACGGACAGGAUACUUUGGGGACAACUGCACCUCCCCUGAGUUCUGGACACGCCUCCAUGACCUGCUGAAGCCCAGUCCUGCCUUCUACCAUUUUGUCCUGACCAACUUCAAGUGGUUUUGGGACAUUAUCAACAGCACCUUCAUCCGGGACACACUCAUGAGGCUCGUGCUCACAGUUCGUGCCAAUCUCAUCCCCAGUCCCCCCACCUUCAACUCUGACUAUGGCUACAUCAGCUGGGAGGGUUACGCCAACGUCAGCUAUUUCACCCGCGUCCUCCCACCCGUGCCAGACAACUGCCCAACUCCCAUGGGGAGCAAAGGGAAGCAGCAGCUCCCCGACCCCCAGCUCCUGGCAGAGAGGUUCUUGCUGCGGCAGAAGUUUGAAGCCGAUCCCCAAGGCACCAACCUGAUGUUUGCCUUCUUCGCUCAGCACUUCACCCACCAGUUCUUCAAGACGUCUGGGAAGAUGGGACGUGGCUUUACCAAGGCACUGGGACAUGGGGUGGAUCUCGGGCAUGUGUAUGGGGACAACCUGCAGCGGCAGCACCAGCUGCGACUCUUCAGAGAUGGGAAGCUGAAAUUCCAGGUGGUAGAUGGAGAAGUGUAUCCUCCCCUGGUCACUGAUGCUCCAGUCCACAUGGUCUACCCCUCUGCCACCCCCAAGGAGAAGCAGCUGGCAAUGGGACAGGAAGUGUUUGGGCUGCUGCCAGGGCUCUGCAUGUAUGGCACGCUCUGGCUGCGUGAGCACAACCGUGUCUGUGACAUCCUGAAACGGGAGCAUCCCACCUGGAGUGACGAGCAGCUCUUCCAGACAGCUCGUCUCAUCCUCAUUGGGGAGACCAUUAAGAUUGUCAUAGAAGACUAUGUCCAGCACCUCAGUGGGUACUACCUGAGCCUCAAGUUUGACCCCGAGCUGCUGUUUGGGAAGCAGUUCCAGUACCGGAAUCGCAUCGCAGUGGAGUUCAACCAGCUCUAUCACUGGCAUGGGCUGAUGCCCGACUCCUUCAUCAUCCAGGGGAAAGAGUACAGCUAUGAGCAGUUCCUCUACAACACCUCCAUGCUCAUGGACUAUGGUGUGGAGGCACUGGUGGAAUCCUUUUCCAAGCAGAUUGCGGGAAGGAUAGGUGGGGGACAAAACAUCAAUGCAAAUAUCUUGAACGUGGCCGUUGGGGUCAUCAAGGAAUCCCGGCAGCUGAGGCUGCAGCCGUUCAACGAGUAUCGGAAGAGGUUUGGCAUGAAGCCCUACAAGUCAUUUCAGGAGCUAACAGGAGAGGAAGAGAAGGCAGCAGAGCUGGAAGAGCUGUAUGGAGACAUUGAUGCUCUGGAGUUUUAUCCAGGCUUGCUACUUGAGAAACCCCAACCCAAUGGCAUUUUUGGGGAAAGCAUGGUGGAGAUUGGAGCUCCCUUUUCCCUGAAGGGGCUUUUUGGAAACCCCAUCUGCUCCCCAGAGUACUGGAAACCCAGUACAUUUGGUGGAGCAACUGGUUUUGAGAUAGUUAAGACAGCAUCACUCGAGAAGCUCGUGUGCCUCAACGUGAAGAAGUGCCCCUAUGUGGCGUUUCAUGUGCCGGAUGAAGUGGAAAAUGGCAGCCCUCGGGGUGGUGGACCAUCUACUGAGCUCUAGCACCAGGACAGCCUCCCCAGGGAGCAGCAAGGACUUGGGGACCUCCCACCCCUGUGCUGGUCAGGAGCAGGACAGAAGAUGAUCCCGUCCUGGGUGUCCUUCACACCAGCCCAUGGGGAGAGGCUGGUAUUAACUCUGUGAGGAGCUUGAGUGCUGCAGGAGUAUGGCUGCCACCACUGUCCUCAGCAGACCCAAUUCUUCUGCUAGUGAAUAUCUUGCACUAGGGCAGCUUUGGGGUUCUCCAGGUGACACCCACCUCCCUGGGACACACUGGACUCCUUUGUGCUUUGUCACUCCCCACCCCCUGCUGCUUUCCAACACCAGGCCAUCAGCAACCCCACUUCCACAGGACUUCCCACCUCAGGACAGAAGAUCACAGAGCCUGGGGAGCCCCUGUGGUCUUUCCUCCUCUCCUGCAUCCAGUUACGGUGCUGAGCUCCCCAAGGGAGGCAGGUGGCAGCAUGCAGAGGGCUAGGGAGCACAUGCUGGAGGUGGUCAUGUUGGCCCAGCAGUGGAUGAGCUUGCAGUAGGAACCUGUACUGAUAUGCUACUCCUGCAGCUGCUCAACGCCAUCCAUCCCAGUCUGCCCAAUGUAUGGUCAUAGCUAAGACACAGCUAAGAAGGAACCAAAGCAAUGUCUCUGUGUGAGGAGACAUGGGGAGAAGCAUCAGAUCACACCUCCCAGACCUCCUGUAUCUCCCACCUGCUGGCUUGGCCCUCAGUGUGCACCACCAGCUGCUCACACUGGGCUGCUUGGAACAAGAUGCUACCUCUGUGCGAACACAGCAAUGAAGACUCUCUUGUUCUAUGAUUUUUACACUUCCCUGCUCAGCAAAUGGCAUCCCCAAGAGCCUGCUUAAGCUCUGCUCCAGAAACACAUGCAGAUGUCAGCUCUCACUGACACGGCGACAUGGUCAGCGGCAGCUGCCGACACAGCCUUGAUCCCCAUCACAUCCCAGUUCACCAGCAGGAAAACAGC